AUGCCGGAGUCUCACCACACUGGCUACCUUCUGUUGGCAGUGAUACAGUUGCUCAUCGGGCUUUUAGUCAAUGGUACCAUUGUGGUUGUGAACGGCAUUGACCUGAUCCAGCGGAGAAAGCUGAACCCGCUGGCUCUCCUUAUCUCCUGCCUGGCGAUUUCCAGGAUUGGUCUUCAGUUUGUCCUUUUUUGCGCUAUCCUGGCUGUUCUUUCCUUGAUCGGAUUCCUCCAACUUGCUGAGAGGCCUGCAAUUUUCCUAUUUGUCAAUGAAUCGGGACUUUGGUUUGCCACAUGGCUGAGUGUUUUCUACUGUGCCAAGAUUGCCACCAUCCCUCACCCAAUCUUCUCAUGGUUGAAGACAAGGAUAUCCAGGUUGGUCCCUUGGCUGAUUCUGGGUUCCCUGGUAUAUGCAUUUAGCAUAUCUGUUUUCCAGAGCAAACAUAAAUGGAUAUUUUCCAAAGAAGACCUCCUGGCCCUUCUGUCCCCAAAUGCAACAAAUCCCUUCAAAGUAAUGCCUCCUUUAAAGUUGGCCUUUCUUUCCAUUGAGCUUGGCUUGCCAUUGCUUAUCUUCCUUAUUUCUGUUCUGCUCUUAAUAUAUUCCCUGGGGAGACACACGCAGCAGAUGAGAAACACAGUGAUGGGCCCCAGGGGCCCUUGCACCCGUGUGCACGUCAGCGCCCUUCUCUCCAUCCUGGCCUUCCUGGGUCUCUACAUCUGCCACUACACGGCAGCAGUUUUGUUCUUUUUUCAAAUUUUCAAACUUACAAGCCUCAAAUAUUUCUUCUGCCUCUUGGUGGUUAGUUCCUACCACACUGGACACUCUGUUAACUUAAUUUUAGGAAAUCCUAAACUGAAGCAGAUUGGGAAGAAGUUGCUCCUGCACAGGAAGUGCUGUCAGUGAUCCAGAACUUUGGUCUCUGCAAAGAAUGGGCAGUGCGUUAGCACACCCCGGCCCAACAAAGACGUCCGUUCAUCAGCACAC